CAAGACAGAGGCCCUUGCCUAUACUAUGGUAUGACUUUUUUGAUGACAUGGACCCAAACGGUAGAAAGAAUAAAAACAAGACCGAGCAGCGGUGGAGUACGUGCUAACCCUAACGUCUACUUGUCGCAGCGCGACAAUCUAAGGUUCUUUGACUUACAGUACGUCGCACACAGAAGAACAUAACAAGAAAUCUAGACGAACAAGAUGUUCUGCUGCGUCCGCUACGGGCUCGAGGAGGACAGCAAAACCUUCUUCAACCUAAAUUGCGGCACCGCGGUUUUGCAAGACUUUAUCGAGUCCAAAGCUCUGAAGCAGAUCAAGCUCGACAUCACGAAGCAGAAGGAGAUUCACCGAAAGCAAAUCUCCACCCUGGCACGGCAGCUGAACGCACACAGCAAGCAUCUCUCUAUCCUGCAAAAGAGAAAUCCCAACGCAACAGGAGCAACCGUCGCGGGUGGAGGCGCUCCGGGGGACGAGGAGACAGGCGCUGGGGACAAAAAAGAAGAGGAGCAGGAAGAAGAGGAAGUGGAUGAAUACGCAGCACAGGAUGCAAAAAUCGAGGUUCUGCCGAAGGAUAACAUGGAGACAGUGACCAGUUGGAUCGAGGGGACGGAAGGGGAAAUUAGGGACAGGUAUCAUCGUAGUUCUUCAUGACGACAAUCUAAUGGAUGCACAUGUUCAUGACAAGGUCUAGGUGGAAGUAGGCCGGAUCUUUUCCUCUCAGUCAGAGUGUCAUGCUCGCACCACUUUCACUACGGUAGGAAAAAAGAAAAACCUAAACUACCUUCCACAUCUACUGUCCAUCAUACAUCAACAUUACAGGGAAGCCGCACUGGUAGCAUUAGACGAGGCAGAAAUCGCGUUCCAAGAUGUCGAAAAAGUGGACCUCGUCGAUUCAGCCACGCAAGAAAAAGUCUCCUUCCGCGAACUGUUCCCGGUGCAUUUACGCUCUUGAGAGGGUAGUUCUAUCGGUUGUAUGACUUCUGUCUGGAAUCGCGGUCCUAUGCAGUUAGAGUCACUUCUUGUUUUCCUCAUUGUGAUGAUGUCCCAGCAAGAACCAACAUCAAGCUUGAGCUUCAUCGCUGUUUGUCGACAGCACACCGACGCAAGAACCCAAGACAGUUUUUCUUCUGAUAGAAGAUUUUUUUUCCUUCGCAUACCCGUUGCCCGCAACCGCUUGCCUGCCACUGAGAAGCACGACGGAUCUGAUAGGUACUGAACAUAAUUCACGCAAGUAGAUCUAAUUGCACUUCAGCGUUUGCGUUCUCAGGUUAUUGCAAUUUCUUUGACCUUCUUUCAUCAUCUUUAUCUGUGCAGCCGGGGGAACAAGUAGGACAAAUUGUCAUGCAAAAGUGGAACAUACACGCACUCGCACAGGUCUGCGUGGCGAGGGCGUGGAUCCGCUCCCGCUGACGUUCGCGGUGCCAAAAGUCGUGCGGUCGGCCGAGGUCGAACAAAUGCUGCUGGAGGGGGUGUUGGCGGGGAGAAGGUGAGCUGCAGAUGAGAUGAGACUGCAGAUGGAUGACACUGCUGCAGCUGGAGGAUCAUCCUCAUCCUGGGAACAAUUCCUUAUUUGCACUGUGGUACUGCUUCGUCUCUGUUGUGCAUUCGAAGACCGAAGAUGAAGUAGUAAGAAACAAAACUGAAAUGAAUCCACAACUACUAAAGAAGAUCAGGAAAAACUACAGGAAGCUGCGCUUAUGUUUUGAAUGAAUUGGCUAGACUAUUGCUUUCCUUGUCUACUUGUGUCCUCGCAACACUGAAAAAUAAUGUUGGACGAUACGCACCAUAGCCCUGAUAGUGCUUC